UCCUGUCGGGGGCAGAUCUUGGGUGGAGUUUCCUCAUCCCCGGUUUCCCGCAAAGAUAAACCGCUAAUCACCGUUGUCCUCUCUUGGGCAGAAGGCUCGGUGACGGCCCAGGCGUUGGUAGACUCUGGGGCUGGCGGGUUGUUUAUGGACAGUUCCUUUGCUGCCCAGUACUCCAUUCCUCUGCAGGCUCGAGUUACUCCAUUGGUCCUCGAGGCGAUAGAUGGCAGGCCCCUGCAACCGCCGCAGGUUACCCACGAGACCCUGCCGAUUGAAGUAGCUAUUGGGGCUGUUCACAGGGAGUUGGCCUGUUUCCAGGUAAUUGCUUCUCCGCACUACUCUGUGGUUUUGGGCUAUCCCUGGCUUCAGAAGCACAAUCCAACCUUUGAU